CAUGCCGGUCAUUAUCAAAGAUUAUUCUUGGAGAGAGGAUGAUAGUCAUGUAUACAUUACUCUUCCCUUGAAGGGAACAAAAGCGAAUAAAGUAGACAUUUUUUCUACAAAUUUCUAUUUGAAAGCGUCGUAUCCACCGUAUCUGUGUGAAUUUUUUUUGCAAAAGCCUGUUAAAGACGAGGAAAGUUCAACUAAAAUUGGCGAUGGAGUAAUUUUCUUUAAAUUAGAAAAGGAAAUACCUGAAAUUUGGGAAAGCUUACAAAUUGAUAAUUUAGACGACAAGAGCUACCUGAGGCAACUGAGAGAUGAAGCUAUAAAAUUUUCGCAAGAGAGAGCUAUUAGAAAAAAAAAAGAACAAGAAGAAAAGAAAAGAGAAACAGAUAAAUUAGCUGUUAGUGAACAAAUGAAUAUAGAGCAGCAAGAAAGAGAGCGUAUUGAAAAAAUCAAAACUUCCGAAAAAGAGAGAGCAUUCGAAGAACUAGAAAAGUUUAAAUUAGCACAAGAAGAAAUGGAAGAACAGAGAAGGCUAUUAGAUGAACAUACACAAAAAUAUUCGAAGAAAGAACCCUUCACUUUCAAUGUUCAGCCAAAAUCGACAAAAAUAUUCGAUGAACAAGAGAAAAAACAACCUUUAAGAGAGACUGGGACAAUAAAUGUCUCAUUUACAAAACGAGUGUUUCCAACUGCCGCUAGAGAAAGUCAACUCAAAGAAGAGGAGGAAUGGCUGGAAAAGCAGAAUGAAGCCAAAAAACGUAUUGAAUUGGAAGAUGAAGAUUUAACAGAAGAGGAUAAGAACCCGGAAUACCUCAGAGAAAAAGCCAACAAUUUUUUUAAAGUUGGAGAUUUUCAAUCUGCGAUAGCUGUUUUGUCUCACGCGAUUAGACUCAAUCCUAAGUUACCGUCCCUUUAUUCCAAUAGAGCAGCUUGCCAUCUUAAAGUUAGAAAUCUAUUUAAGUGUUUAGAAGAUUCUUCCAGGGCAUUGGAACUAUUAACUCCCCCUGUCAAUCAAAACGCUGAGAGUCGAUUAAAAGCCCAUGUUCGUCGAGGAACUGCAUUUUGUGAAUUAGAAUGCUAUGUUGAAGCUUUACAAGAUUAUGAAGCAGCCCUAAAAAUCGCUCCAGAAAAUAACAAGCUAUUAAAGGAUGCCGAAAAUAUUAGAAAAAUAAUACAAUGUUCAACCGAAUAAUGUAAAAAUUUUUAAUAAGGAUAAAUUUACUCUUUCUUCCCUAUAGUAAAAAUUUAUAGAUAUUUUUACAUUUUGAUAACUCGUUUCGUUUUAUGGUGUUCAAUUUCAAAUUUGUAAGAGAAUGUUCUAUAUGGAAACUCGCAAGUUUCAAUAAAACUUUGUGUAUGUUUUACUGCUUAUUUCUCAAUGAAAUCUGAACGAAACGUUUAAUAUUUAGUGGUAUUUUAAGGAAAAGAUUUUCAUAAGUUUUUCAGUUUACUGAGUUUCCCGCCAAAAAUACAAAGCGGAUAUUGUGGCGCUGCAGUCAGAACUACUUCCGCUUUUCUUUCUCUAAGACUGUCU